AGAGCCCUAUAAAGCAGCCCAUCCCUGUAGCUGCACAUUCUGAUCCAUCGUGGUCUCAUUCCCUACAGAAUGGGUCUGCUCCUACCCCUGGUGCUCUACGCGCUGGCCACAUGCUGCGUGGCGACAUCGCCGCUCAUGCAGACGCUCCUGCCCACCCCUCUCCUCUCCCUUGGCUGCAACAGCUCCGAGGCGCUGGGAGUGGCUGGCUUCGCCCUGCAGGACAUCAAUCGCGACAGAACGGACGGCUAUGUGCUGAGUCUUAACCGAGUGAGCAAUGUCCAACAGCACAGACAGAAUAUUCAGGGAUCUGUGUACUAUCUCACAUUGGACGUGUUAGAGACUGACUGCCAUGUGCUCAGCAAGAAGUCAUGGAAGGAUUGUGAGGCGAGGACACUUCAUGAAACGGUUUAUGGUCAAUGCAAAGCAAUAAUUUACAUUAACAGGCCAAGCAGAAUUAUCUAUUCACCUGCUUACAACUGUACUCUUCGCCCAGUUUCUCGAAGAAAGAUUCACCAUAUGUGCCCUGACUGCCCCAGCCCCGUUGCCACUGACUUGUCAGACCCCAGAGUUCUGGAAGCUGCCACUGAGUCUCUUGGAAAAUACAACAACGAGAACUCGAAGCAGUAUUCUCUCUUCAAAAUCACCAGGGCUUCUAGCCAGUGGGUGUUUGGUCCUUCUUAUUUUGUGGACUAUCUAAUCAAAGAGCCACCAUGUACCAAAUCCCAUAUCAGUGGCUGCGCACUUCAGCCCUCUGACUCUGUGCCUGUUGGUAUUUGUAAAGGCUCUCUGGGUAGAAGAGGAACAGAAAAGUUUGUCUCCGUGACUUGUAACUUCUUUGAAUCAGAGGCUCCCACCCUUGGAGUUGAAAACUCUGCUGUUAACCAGGAACCUGCAAGACUCCCCAAGGUGGGAGAGCUACAGCAGGAAAACCCAACCCCCACUGACUCCCCCUCCAAAGCUCUGACAAAAGGAUCUGUCCAAUACCUCCCUGACUUGGAUGAUGAACAGCCUGAAGAUUCCACGGGACAAGUCCCUGUUGAGGCCUUCCCUGUACAGCUGGAUCUAACCACGAAUCCCCAGGGAGAAACCCUGGAUGUCCCCUUCCUCUUCCUGGGGCCUAUGAAGGAGAAGCUGGUGGUCCUGCCUUUCCCCAAGGGAGAAUAUCACUCUGCCGAAUGCCCAGGACCAGCCCAAAUGGGUAACCCUCUUGUUCUCCCACCAUGAGAAUCACGUAGACCAUUCCAUGGUCAUACAGUGCCCUAAGUACAUGAGAAGUGGUGGGGGCAGGAGACAGAGAGUUUGAACAUAGACAGUGGCUAAUAAAAUGUGUCUUGUUGACUCUU